CAACAAACUAGUGUGUUUUUUUUAUUAUUCUUUCUUUUCAAAGCAGUAGAAUUGAGUCUCGUAUUACCUGCACACGUUGCAACUCGGUGGAGUCGCAGGCAGCUGGGCUGAACGGAGCAAAACGUCACGGUGUUCCGGGAAAACGAUCUCGGUUUCCGGUAAGAGUUUGUGGCUGAAUCUGAGAUCAUCUGCGGGGUGCGCGAGCGAGUGUCUUGUGUUUUUGCGAUAGACAUAAGAAGAAGCUACACGGAAGUGACGCAGUUUUUAAGCGCUUUUCGUUUUAAGUUUGUCAGACUAUGUCGGGAUGGGAGGUUUCACUUAAGGCUGGAAACAUUCCUCUGGCGGGAUUUAGGACUUGAUGGCAAUCUUAAUGUUUUUUUUUUUUUUAAAUGUAAGUUUUUGUGUGUGGACAGAACCAGUGUGUCAGCAUCACUUAUGCAUAUUUUUGUUGUACUCGAGAAAAUACGAAACGUUUUGGGUUGAGCAAGUUUUUUUGUUGUUGUUGUUUUAAUUUCUCUAAUUAUUCAGUUUGCUGAUUUCUCUCAUUUCCUGCUUGCCCGUUUCGUGAAUUGCAUCGCCCUCCAGUGGUGUAGCAAGCGACAGUCCGUCUUGUCCUCUUAUGUUAGUUAGAACUUAAAAAAUAAAAGUUAUCACGUAGAUGUGCUGUUGUUCAAUGUUGUUACACAAUUGAUUUGGUUUGAGACAAUAAAGUGACCCGGCUCUUUCCCAGCGUUAUUAACACAGGUGUGCUUAAUUUACGAGGUAACGAGGAGCGAUACUGCAUCGAUUAUUCGCUCACGUUCCGCUUACAUAACCGCGAUAGACGCCGUCGGCUCAAUGCUGUUACAAGUUGUCUGUAAGAGCGCCCUCUGCUGGGGGUGAGAAGUACUUCAGGAUCAUUUUUGCAGUGAUUGUAAUAGAUAAGAGGGAAAAAUAAUCACGUGGCUUUUUUUUUUUUGUCAUGAUUUAUGAGACUGAACUGAAAUUAUGCCAUUUUUGUCAUUGUGCUAAAAUGAAUAUAAAUAUUAUAUAUUAAAAUAUAUUUGCUAACCAAAGUUGCUCUGUCUGGAUCUUUUAUUAUUAAUGUAGCUGAGAGGAUACCGUAAGUAAGGAUAACUGAUUAAUUUAGAGACCUGAUGAAAUGAGACAUCCAAAGUUUCUUUAGGAUUGACCUGCAUUGAGAAAAAUCUUUAUUAUUAGUAAAGAUCUAUAUUGUUUCACGGAUGUAACGUCGAUUUCCCAGUCCAAGAUUCAUGACAUGAACACCACAACCCGUUAAACCAAUCAAGUAAAGUUUAUUUGUAUAGCACAUGUCGGUAACAAUGGCGUUCACAGUGAUUUUCUGUAUUAUAUUUAUGGUAUAACCAAUUAUGAAACAAGCACAUAUUUGUCAAAUGUAAUCAAAAUCAUCAAUAGUAAAUAAAAUAUAUGUAUUUAAAAUAUAUUGAUCUUUGUUCAAAUUGAAGCAUUGGUUAAUAGGAGCUCAGUAUGUCAGCAUCUUUGCAGUUUUCUGUAAGUUUCUCCCAGAUCUUUGGUGCAUAGAAGCUGAAUGCACAUAUGGACUUGAUGUCUUCCAUUGAUUGUCACAUAAAAUAAAAAUACAUCGUCAUAAAAGUGUUAUAUUUUUUACAGGAACACAAAACUACAUAAAUCGAUACAGAACGACAGUUUUUUACUGGAUUAUGAUCAUUAGGAUGUGACUUUUAGGAAAUACAAACGUUUAAAAACUGCAGCUGUGUUGGCAAACAAACAAGCUCUACUACACUAAGAAAAAAGUAAAUUGUUCAUCUUGGACUCACAAUGUUUUCAUUAAGCUCUUGCCAGCUGGAGUAGAAACUUAUGAAUCACAAGUGGAUCUGUUUAAAAGUUCAUUCUGUAUUACAAGUAAACAUUAGUAUCAGCAUUAUGUCAAAAAAAAUAUUCCCAUCCUUACGAAACCUCUUAGUAACCAUAGCUACCAAACCCUACGGAAGAAGAUUAGGGCCACUGAAAAAAAAACACCAAAAAAAUUCUGACUUUAAUCUCAGAAUUAUUUUGUACCCUAACAUUAAAAAAAAUGUAGAACAGUAAAACAUUUUUAAUGUUUGACCUACAUUUCUCUUCAGCAAGCAGAUUUUGUUGUGUAAAAAUAUUAACAAUUUCUUUUCAUAGACAUGCAAAAACCAAAGGGUAUAAAAGGACUAUUUAAAAACGAAACAAUACUCAAGUAUUGCAUUGAGAAAAAUUUUUAUUUUAUUUUAUAAUAUUUAUUUGACUUAUUUGACUUUAUUUUACAAUACUCAAGUACUGUUUCGUUUUUGCGCUUGAGAUUAGCUUUUUAUCUAAAUUUAUAUUUUGGUACAUUUUUUCUAACAUUCGUGAAGAAUAACAAAAAACAAAAAUGCAACUGUUUGCAGGGCACCACUCCACCUUUAAUCAACGUUUGUUGAAAUUUUAAAGAUUAUGAAUAUGAGAUAAGAACUGAAACUGAUUAUGGUCGACACUAAACGCGAUCAGAACGCCUUUUCCACAGAACAUGUGUGUGUGUGUCUAGUGCAGCUGAAGGAAAACCAGUUGGUUCGCCAGAGUUGGCUCCAGGCAACAGUUGCGGGUUAAUUAACUGCAAUUAAUAAACGGCAACCAACAGAACGUACAUUUUGCAAGUCUCAACAUUCAACUACAACAAAGAUUUAAUGCAGAGCCGAGCGCAGAAGAUGGUGAAAAAUGUCAUUUUUAGAAACUGUUCAGACAUAAAACCAGGAAAACAGGAGAAUCUGACGAUGUGUGUUAGAAACCGAGGAGUAUAUGGUAUAUAUAUUGUCUCUGUUGUUUGCUGGUCUGUAAUGUUGGUUUCUUAUCUACUAAUAGAUGAAUUAAGGAAAAAAAACCAAAUAAAUCUGAGGGACACUGACGAUUCAAGUGAGGAUGAUCAUCCCAUCAUAUUAAACACACUAUUGGGUUUUGAUCACUGUUGGGUUUUUCGUUAUUGUGCCAGAAAGGUCUUGCCAUAUUAGGUUUAGUUCUUUAUUUCUUGUCUUGUGUAUUUAGUCCAGUGUUAGUUCUUCCUCUUUGGUUUCUAGUUUCCUUUCUGUGUUAGUCUCCUUCCCUCAGUUCACCUGCUCGCCCCUCGCAGCUGUUCCACAUUCCCCUUGUAAAGUUACCUUUGCUCAUUUUAGCCAUUGUCAAGAUUACAUUCUUUUAUUUUGGUGACUUUCUUGUCAAGGUAUCUGUGGUAACUGAAUGCAGUUCAACCUGAAAAGGUUAACCGCAAUAAGCAGAAAAGUUUAGCAGGAAAACAGACAAAUGGAUAAAUAUCAGUUAAAUUUCAGCUUCAGUCGAUAAGGGAACGAGGUCAGUAACUGGGAUUGAAGUUUAUUUGAGAAACCUGAAAAUAUUUAUGGAAAAAUCUGUGAUUGAUUGUAUUAAUGACAGGAAUUGUACUGACAUAAUGAGUUGGUGAAUGACAAGGAUGGCUUUAAUGCAUCCUCAUUUAAUCAUCUGUUCUGACCUUGUAAAAAUCGACUGGAUGCUACGUCCACGAUUAACUCAACUGGAUCCAACGUCAUAGUCCACUUCUCCCAGUGUCUAUGAAUCCAUGAAGGCCGGAUGUCUGUAGUUUUUGACCCGAUUCUGGGGAAUGUUUUGAAGGCGGGGCUAAAUCCUGACGGGUUGGGGGAAAUCCAAGAGGGAUAAUACUGCAUGAACUGAGGAAAGUUUCCUCUUUAAGUGAAACAAAAGCGAAAGUGUAGACAAGAUGGGAGUGGAAAAAACAACUGAGUGUCAGAUUCCAUUUAAUAUUUACAAAAAAAACAAAACAACAAAUCUUAAUAUUUAGAAUCUUGAGUUAAAAAGAGUCAGACUGUUGGCAUUGACUAAUGCUAAUCCAUCCUGAACUCUCUCCAGACAAUGAGGUAAAUCUAGAUUAAUUUAGUUAUUUGAAUUCGGCUUCUCUGACUGAAGUUGUCCUUAAUUGUUUUUUUGCAGACAUUAAAUAUUUCAUAAGCUGAUCAAGUCUCUUUUACAGAACAAUAAUCUUGAUGCCUUAGUAAUAAAUAAUGGCAGCCCCACAGCUAACCUAACGGUUUAGUUAAAGAUAAUUGAAAGGUUAGUUGGUCUCUGGUCUGUCUUGGUAAUCUGGAUCUCAGCGCCGCAUUUAGAUAUAGUAGAUUAUAACAUCAUAAUUGACAGAAUGGAAAAGCAGACAGGAUUUACCUGAUGCGGCGCUAAACUGAUAAUCAAAAAUUAAAGCAAACAAAACCACCUUUGGGGUACCUCAGGGCUCCAUUCUCAGACCACUUUUAUUUAAAAUCUACAUGAUAUUAUUACAUUACUUUAUGGAGCACUAUGGUAUCUCUAUGGUAAUAUAGACCAGAGUUCCUGAAAUCCAUUCGUUGAGGGUCGGGUGUCCGGCAACUUUUGGACGCUCCCCUGGUCCAACACACCUGAAUCAAAUGGCUUAAUUACACCCUCAGUGUAGGUCAAGUUCUCCUGCUAAUUACCUUAUUAUUGGACUCAGGUGUGUCAAUGCUGAGACACACUGAGACUGAGCUACACCAGUCAUUACGACGCCCUGUUUCCUAAUAAACAUGAUUAAAAAAAACAAAACAAUUGGUGUUCUGUAAAUCCCUGAAUGGCCUUGUGUCUAAAAACCUUUCAGCUGCUCAAAUCCCAAAGCAUUAAGAGGCUUUUCUGUACAUAUACUAUCGCCCCCAAAAAUGUACUAUACCUUCAUAAUUUUCAUAUACUUGAGUAUUAUGUCACAAAAAUCCCCAAAUAGAAGUGGAAUUCAUGAUCUGAGCUUAUUGUUUUAAUAAUAUAUAAAGUGCAAUGCAAGACAUGCAUUAUAGAAACAAAUGGAGAAAAAGAACAGAAAAAGUAUUUGCCGCCCCCCAACUCCCUCAAAAUUGCUGCCCUGGGCUACUGCCCCUGUCAGCCCUGACUCAGACAAUGAAUGAAUUCAUACAAGUUGUAACGUCUUUCUAUGUGUCCUAUGAGGGACAAAUCCAUACUUUUCUGCCUUAAACACCAAUGAAAGCAAAACACUUCCUGUUAGCAAAAGAGGAACAGCCACAAGAAUUUGUUUAUCAAAUAUGCUGCAUUCAAAGCAUGUACGAACUAAUCUAACCGUGGACGCUGACUCACUAACCUGCGCCACUUGUUUUGUUCAUUAUGGGUUUCCCUAGAAAUGAAAGUGGAAUAAUUCAGUUUUUUUUUCUUUUAAAAAAGAAGCAGAAGCCCAGCUUCGUAAUACAAAUAUAACUCAGCUUUCCCCAACAUAACGUGGAGGUGAUUCGAUUGUUUUGUUGAUUUCGUUUUUCCUGAAAUGAUGGUCAUCCAAGUGGCUGACACUCCCUUUGCAUACCAGCCGUGUCAGACAAGCAGCAGUACCUUCCCCAAGUGGUUUCUAGUUUCAUUUCUGCUCUGCUGUCAGAGGGAAGAGGCACUGACUUCACGGAGGCAAACAGAGCCUGAGAGGCUACUCUGAAAAGGUGAACAAGACAAAAAUGUCCAGAAAAACAGCACUGCCCACAUCUGCAGGCAAAAAGCUUGUUUCGGAAGAAAUCAGAGAUUACUUUACUGUUUUGGAUGUCAUUUACGCAGAUCAGUUUGUAGAAGAGACCAUAGACCAAGAAACUGCUGAACAAGCAGAAGAGAAGUUUCUCAGAGGAGCACCACCUGAAUGGUUAAACUUUCACAUCAGUGAUCUGGCUGAGUCAAAUGGCACGGGAUCUUCAUUCAUCAAACGAGAUGGGUAUAAGAGACUUGUGCAGCAGAUUCACAAACGGAGAAACUACAUCGGAACACCAACGGUUAAACUGCUUCACCAGCAAGGAUGUGGGGGAACCACACUGGCCAUGCAAGUAUUAUGGGACAUGAGAAAAACCCUCAGAUGUGCUGUCUUAAUGGGUUCCCCUCUAGAGUGCACAAAGAUUGCAAAGGAAGUUGUUCACCUUUUUACAGGAGGCAGCAAAGAUGACCUCAACACUGUGCUGCUCUUGAUAAAUGAGGAGUUCAUUUUGGAGCAUCUUCAAGACAGCAUCAUGACAGAGAUUGAAGAACAGCAGAUAGACAUUGAUAUUCCUGUGGUAAUUUUAUUCAUCUGUGUGAGAAGUGACCACGCCGUCCUCAAAACCGAACACUACAGAGAACAAGAGGGGUUCAUGAAGGCUCAUGACACUGACUACGUCACCCUCAAAAGGACCCUCUCAGAUACUGAAAAGGAAGAACUGGAUACCAAAAAGGAAGAGCUCAGCCAAAAAUAUGGAGCCAAAGCCUCCCAGUUCCAUGGUUUCAACAUACUGCAUAGUAAUUUCUCACAGGAUUAUAUACAAGAAGCAUGUGCUGUCCUUAACAUGGUUGAAAGGAAAAAGAAACCCUUGAAGACCCAACUUUUGUCCUUCCUGUCCUUGCUGAAUGCCUAUGUACCAGGCUCCUACCUACUAGAGUCUGACUGCUUAGACUUCCUCAGACAUGACAACUCCCUGCAGGGUGACCUUUCAGUGGUGACCCGAAAGCAGCCUUUCAGUCAUCUCAUUAUCUCUUUUCAACAUGACAAAAGGUGUGAGAAAAGAAUCCGGAUGGCUCAUCCAAUGAUUGCAAAGCAUUGCACUGAACUACUGGCUAUUGCAGGGGUGGCCAGAAGUGACACGGCAAGAGACUUCUUGCUCCAAUUUUGUCCAGAUGAGGUCUCUCCAUGUUUGCUUGGCUUCAUCAAGGACUUGCUGACAAAACGAGAGCAUAAAAAGGAUGGGUCGAUCGAAGAUUCGGAUCUGGAGAAAUUUUCUACUCUGAUUUUACACAUUAACGAGGUAGAAGACAAAAACCAGAGUGCAUUGGUUCUCAAGGUGGCAUCAGAGAAGUUUGAUAAGAACUCUUUGUUCCCCCAGGCACUUGCUAGGCUUUGUUAUGGAGAACUUGAAGACUUCAAAGAGGCUGAAUUUUGGGCAAAAAAGGCAAUAGAACGAGACCCCAAAAAAUCCUUUAUUGCCGACACGUUGGGCCAAGUUCAUAAAAACCAUCUGAGGAACAAAAGGUUUUCAAUUGAACCAAGAGAACUGUUGCAGUUGGCCCAGAAGGCUAUUGAAGCUUUUGAGCAUGAAGAAAAACUUGCUGAAGAAGAACACAGGAAAAGUUUGACAGAAGAUGAGAAAUCUAAAGUCCUGUGGGGUUUAAACACCAGAGGGCAGUUUGGUUUCCUGCAGGUCUAUAACAUUCUCUUUGACCUACUUGUCUUCCAAAAUGAGACGUGGAAGGAAGUGCUUACAAAGAGUGUGCCGAUGGGCUCAGUCCUGGAAUCACUUGGAGAUACCAAACUCUUUAGGUUCAGGGACCUCGUAGAGAAUCUCAGGGAGAAAGUUGAGAAAAAAAUGGAAUUCUUUGACAACUUUCUCACUUAUUCACAGUCUGUCCUGAGAAAAGACAAAGCUUAUGUUUCUAGAGAAGCUUCAGCAUGCUACAAAAAGUAUGUUGGAGACUCUGUCCCUGAACACAAUGGCAGACUCCAACAGACUUUCCAAAAACUGAAACAGAAACUGGCCAUCACCUCUGCUGGGGUCCUCUCAUGUCUAGACCGAACAUGCACAUCACACAUUGAAUAUAUCAUAGAGUGGUGGAGGGAAAUUUCACAAGGAAAUAAUUCCACUACUGAGGCUUUUGUCAACUUUAUCCUUGCGCAGAUCAUGCUUUCAAACAAAAACAAGGCUAUAUCCAGUUCUGAUUAUAAAAAUGCUUUAAAACUAAAAAAGCCACCGUCCUCUGUCACACAAGCAGAGUAUCACCUUCUAUCUCUGCUUCUGUCUUGGCCUACAAAUGAUGAAGACAAACCAGUUCCCCAUCUCUAUCAGUUAAUAAAAAAUGCAAGUCAUGCUUAUGAGCGAGAAUACAAGACGAUGUUUCGAUCAAGAUACCUCCGACCUCUGUUUUUUCUUGGACCAGGCAUAAGCUUGAAGAGAUUUGUUCACCGACGGGUUCUUGAGAUCUUGUGGACCAAAGAUGCACUACAAGAAUCAAACACAAACUGGAAGAAUGAGAGUAUCUUCAGGGAUUCCAUAGUUGAAGAACAUCUUCUCAAAGUUGAAGGAGUGGUGCGAAACUACGGAGUCUAUGCAAGAGUCAGAGGCACUGAAGUUGAGGUAGAUGCAAACCGAAGGGACUGUCUCUGUAGAUCAGGUCAUGUCUCCUUCUACCUGGGAUUUACCAUCAAAGGUCCAGUAGCCUUCAGCAUUCGGAGAAAAUUACUGGUCACCGAGGGGGCCCAAAAAAUGAAAACCCCUGAUCACGCAGAAGCAAGCAGCAAUGGAAUGACAGAAACAGGAAAGAAGCAAGGUGCUGAUGUGGCCUAGUUAAAGACCAGAGAUGAGACUGAAAGAACUGCUGUGGGGACAAAGUCCAAGAUCUGCGGAUGAAUGGACACAAAGUUAGAGAGAAGAGUGUGAAUACAUUUCACCGUUACUUUACAUGGCACUACGAUGAUGUCUCUUAUAUGUGGUUAUGUAAUUGCACUGAGUUUUGUAUUGUUUGUGAUUUGUGUUUUUGUGAAAAUUACACUACAUGUCAUGAUUUAGCUUCAAUGAAAAACAUUAAAAAAUGUUAUUAAAUGUAUUUUUUAUCACCGUAGGGUAAAAAGGGGUACUUGCUUUUUAUUUUGUCUUAAGUUUAUUUUCUGUACACAACUGCCGUUUCAUCAAAUGUUCAGUAUUAAUCAUUUUUUUAAUGUUUUGUAUUUAGUUUUUUUUUUUACAAAAUCAAUGUGAAUUUUUGUUAAAUUUGUUUUACUCGUUUAAAAUAGUUUUUCACACAAAGUUAAAGAAAAAAACAAUGUAUAAGAAUGAAAGCAGGCAUUUUAAUAAUUUAAACAGUAUUCAUUUCUUCUGUGAAAAAGGAAAGUUUUUUCACCAGCCACUAGAGCAGCAGGUUGCUCCGUUACCGUAGCAACCUGCGCUCCGCUCCGUAAUGAGCUGCUACCGUUACCGCUCAUUCCAACUUAGAUUAAUUUCUCCAGAAAAGCGAGUGAAUUGAAAACACUUAUUUAAUGUAUGCUGUAACCUGCAUGUCUUUAAUAUGUGAUAGAGUACACAAAUAAAAGUUUGAAAGAUAAAUGAUGUUUAUCAUGCAAA